UAUGAAGAGGGGAUGUCUUGGGUGGAUGGUAUCUUUAAUGAUGGAUGCUGCCUUCCUCCUUGAAGAUACCUUGGAUAGUACAGAGGAUUCUUUACAAAGCCAUUCUAAAUCUCGGACACACUCAGCUGCUCCAGAUUGGGACUUAAGUCGUAUGUUCUGUGCGGCCCGGUCCAAGCAGCAGCUGCCUUCCUGCAGCCAAGAGUUCAAACCUUCUCCUGAUCAUGAUAGGUGGAUUAGUCACAGAGCCAGCCCUGAAAAGGAAGCAGAAGAGAUGGAGAAUCACUAUGAAGAAGAACCUGUAUCUAAAUUUCCUGCCAGCGUAUUUGAAACAGAAGAGGAUAUUCAUCAGAGCAAUCAUUCAAGAACAUCCCAGCCUCAUAAUCAGAAGCAAGAUAAGCUGUUGUGUACUUUAGGCAACAGCAGGCAGCAGGUCUUGUACUCAUCCGAUGAUACUUGGGAAGAGAAUAAGUGUCCAAAUGGAGGCUGGGCAACACUUUAUAUAUCCACUGGAUUAAAAGGAACUUGGACUAAGGUCAGUAUUACAGUGUGCAAUCGAAUGGGAAGUCUUGGACUUAGCAUAGCCGGUGGGAAAGGAUCGACUCCAUACAAAAUCAAUGAUGACGGAAUCUUCAUUUCAAAAGUUUCGAAGGGUGGUGCUGCUGACCUGGCUGGUUUACGAGUUGGAGACAUGGUGUUGGAGGUCAAUGGAAUAAGCUUACAAAAUGUUACUCACCACGAAGCGGUGCAUGCCCUGAGAAAUUCUGGCACUGUUAUUAAGAUCCUGAUUCUGAGGAACAGGGCUGUGACCACUGGCACCAAUGAGAUCCCCACCUUGAGGAAUAGUGACGCAUACACCACGCCACCCGACUGGACUGAGGUGCCCAACGCUGAGGCACUGGCACCAGAGGAUGUUUUCCCCGAAAAGAGGACAUGCAAUGGACGUAACUUGGGAUCUGUGACCUCAAUGAAUCGCAGCAUUAACUCUGCUCACAGGACAUCGCAAAAGCGCAACUCACUCCGUGCCGUGAACCAUUCCAUGCCACUCCCUCGAAUUGUUCUGACUCGUCCUUCGACUUCUGAUGAAGAACUGGACCAGUUGGCAUUAGAGAAGGAUGAACAUUGUCCAGAACGGUCCAAAAGCCCAGAAGCUAUUGACUAUUCGGACUAUUUAAAUAGUGCAUUUUAUCCACCCUAGGAAGGUCCUUCUAAUGAAGAAUUAUUUCCUGCAGAGAUUCACCAUUUUUCACUAAAGAAAAAAAAAUGGCCUUACUUAUUCUGCAGAUCAUUAUUUAAGAGUGAUUUGGAAGAGGACUGUUUACAGCACUUGGGAUAGUUUAAUAUUGGAACACAUUUUUCUGUAGGUCAAGAUGUUUCAAUAUAACUAACAAAUUAAAGGAUCUAUUCCACAAUGAACAAGCAAUAGACACUGAGCAAUGUUUACACAAAAUAUACAGUAUGUCACUAAAGUGCCUCAUGUACUUUAAGGUGAUAAAUCCAUUAACCUCCAGUCACUAAAUACGCUUUCUUGUUUUGAACCUUGAAGUGUGGAUCAGAAAGACUCUGUUGGAUUCUGAUGUUUAUCCAAGAUUCUUUUGGAAGUGAAGAAAUAGACACAAACAUUGUUGCUUCAUGAUCACUUUAUUAAUUGCUAAAGGAACAAAGAGUUGAAAUUGAAAAUGGACAGCAACAGAACUCGAGUAGGUGAAGCGAGAGAAGUAAAGAUGGUGGAGCAAUGUAGUCAGCUCUUUCUACACUAUGGAUCAGAAACAUUGCACUGAAAUCUGUAGUUAAGAGUUAACUAGUUGGAGCCCCGAUUCAAAUAAUCCAAUACCAGGAGAAGCUUCCAAAAUCAUACAAAUGUAACUGCUAGUGGACACACUGAACAAUUGCAUAUAUUGUACAUACUGUGACAACUAGGAAAUAUACUAGUCAGUUACUUGUAUAUUGAUGGUUAUAUGAAAUACAAGUAGGCAAUUAAUUGUUAAGCUGAAAAGAUAGUGACAAUUAAACAGCCUAACCCAACAGUUCUUAAACAAAUUACAUUCAGGCUUAUGCAGUGAUUUAAAAAAACUGCUGCAUGAACUCAGCAAGUCAGGCAGCACUUUUGGAGGGGAAUAAACAGUCAAUGUUUUGGGCCAUGACCCUUCAUCAGGGCUGGAAAGGAAGAAGCCAACUAUUCCACUCCUCCUCUCCUUUCACCUACGUCCACUAUCCUCUCCUAUUAAAUUUCUUCUUUUAUCAGCCUUAUACCUCUUCCACAGUGUAACUGUGUUUGGGUUCUUGCACAUGGCUGCUGCUCUGCUGAACACUGUGCUAUCUACACAUCAGGUGAGCUGAUGCUUUCCCAACUCCUCUCAACCCAUUCCCUAACCAGACACCCCAUCGUAGAUGCUAAUUGACCAAGGGGGUAAGUUAAAAAUAGAGAGGCAGGCAAAAAAGUAUGAAUAUCAAAGCAUCCCAAAUAAAUAAGGGAUACUCAAUAAAAUGAAAGUACGUACAAUGAGAAUUGUGACCAAUGUUUCAUUUCUUCCAGCCUGGGAUCUUUUUAUCCUUUUAAUAUUUCACCAGAACUGAUUUUUUCUUUCAAUAAACUGUAGCCAUUUUAAACAA